CGUUCUAAGGAGUCGGCGCUGUCACUGUAUAAACACGAAAUGGACAUGCUGCGAGGCGACCGGCACUGUAUGCUGAAGAUGAAGGAAGAGUUGGAUAUGCUCAAACCGAGGCUUGAAUCCUAUGCCAUGAUCCAGCAAGCCCUCAACGCAACGGUCCAGGAAGUGGAUAAGAUGCUGGCCAGUGAUACGAGCAGGGCAACCGUCAUUGCGCUCGCCGCAACGCUAAAACGAGAGCUACAGGCACAGGAGAUUAAGCGGAAGGAGCAAUCCGACCGACUACAGCGCCUGCAGAACGAGUUGAUGGAGGAACGACGAAAGCGAAAAGCCCUCGAAGAGAACCUUUCAUCGUGUGACAGUGAAAUAUACCGGCUUGAACAGCAAGUAAAGCAGCUCUCGGGCAAAGGGGAACACCAUAAUGUUUCGGUUGAAAGUGCCUCGCCCGAGGCGUCAGUAAUAGCCAACACUCCCGAUCAGCAGCCACCGGUACGACGGAAACGACCAAUGGUGGAAGAAGACCUCAACACCAGCACUCCGUUGUCGGAAAAAACAUUCGAGCAACCGGUAACGUCUCUACCAAAUCCCUCGCCACGGCGUCAUCAAAGUUUUCUUUGCUCGCCCAUCAAAGACCAACCGGAGAAUAAGCCUCGUUUCAUGCUCACGUCAUCUACCGUAACCGCGCGACUUAAGACAGGCAAGCUCAAACGACACCCAUCCACUAUUUUGAACGGAGAAAAACUGGCCGGCGAAAAUGCGCUCGAUAGAAUAGCAGAUCUAGACAUAGUCGACAUCGUUGGCAAGUGA